UUGGUCAAGUAUGAUGAUCUUAAGCUUACUUGAGGUCUUCAUCAUAACAUUCCUUUUUUUCUUUGUGUUCCAAUGUCUCUUCCUCAAAAAAUCUCACGGAAGCCAUUUGGUCAAGAACUGGCCUUUCCUAGGGAUGGUUCCAAGUUUGGUCGUCCAAUUCCCUCGAGUAUAUGAUUGGAUGGUUGAAAUUCUUGAGGCCAGUGAUCUGAAUUUUGCUUUCAAAGGAGCCUGGUUUAGUGGAACAGACUUCUUACUCACGGCUGAUCCAAGAAACAUCCAUCACAUACUAAGUUCAAACUUUAAAAACUACCCUAAAGGUCCUGAAUUCAAGAAGAUCUUUGAUGUUUUGGGUGAUGGAAUUGUAGCCGCUGACUCGAUGUUGUGGGAGGAUUUGAGGAAGUCAAAUCACUCCAUCUUUCACCAUAAAGGUUUCCUUGAGCACGCGGUGAGUAGCAAUAUAAGUAAGGUAAAGAAGGGUCUUCUUCCUAUUCUUGAUAAAGCUGUUGAGGAAAACAUCAUCUUAGACUUGCAAGAUAUGUUUCAAAGAUUUACUUUUGAUAUUUCCUCGAUCUUAAUGACUGGUUAUGAUCCAAUGUCUCUAUCCAUUGAAAUGCCGGAAGUUGAGUUUGCUGAAGCUGUAGAUAUCAGUGAAGAAGCGAUCUUCUAUAGACAUCUCAAACCAGUCAUUUUGUGGAAGCUUCAGAAAUGGAUUGGGGUUGGUCUUGAGAAGAAGCUGAGAGAUUCGAUGGUCGCUGUCGAUGAAAUGCUUGCGAAGAUCAUAUCUUCAAGAAGAGAGGAGCUAGGCCGAGGGAAAAGAGAGACAUCAAUGAAUGUGUUAACAUAUUAUAUUAAUGUGGACACUACCAAAUAUAAGCUCUUGAAACCAAGAAGUGAUAAGUUCAUAAGAGAUGUUGUUUUUAGCCUGUUGAUAGCAGCGAGAGACACAACAAGCUCAGCUCUCACUUGGUUCUUCUGGCUUCUUUCUAUGCAUCCCAAUGUUAUGGCCAAGAUCCAACAUGAGAUCAACACAAAGUAUGAUAACCCCGCAGAUCUCGAGAAGCUCGUGUAUCUACAUGCCGCCUUGUCGGAAACUAUGAGACUUUACCCACCACUUCCCUUUAACCACAAGUCACCUUCAGAGUCCGAAGUGCUUCCAAGCGGCCACAAAGUUGAAGCACAUUCAAAGAUUGUAAUCUCAAUUUAUGCACUAGGAAGAAUGAGAUCUGUAUGGGGAGAAGACGCAUCAGACUUCAAACCAGAGAGAUGGAUUUUAGAGGACGGAGGGAUAAGACAUGAACCUUCAUACAAGUUCCUUGCAUUUAACUCCGGUCCAAGAACUUGCUUGGGUAAGAAUUUGGCUCUCUUGCAGCUGAAGAUAGUAGCUGUGGACAUCAUACGAAACUACGACUUUAAGAUCGUUGAAGGUCAAAAGAUCGAACCUGUUACCUCUGUUAUUCUCACUAUGAAGCAUGGUCUUAAAGUCACGGUCAGUAAGAAGAUAUGAUUCUUAUGCUUAGUUGCUUGGCUUCUACGGUAACUAUUGUUAGUCCCUUAUGCAGAGCAUCCAUGUGUCGUUUCGUUUGGCUUAGGUUUCCCUAAAAUAAUUUGGAUUGAGAUUACUCUCCAACUAAGAUUAUGGUUCGAUCCCACGGGUUUCUCAACAAAAACGUGGCUCAUGUUGUUGUAACUU